GUAUAAUAGUGUUAUGCAGUGAAGAAAAUGCUUAGCGAGAAGGGGUUCUAUGUAUUAGUGAUGAAUAGUCACUGACUUUCACUUUAUUGACGACUUUUAUAUGAAUUAAUGAUUAAAUUGAUUGCAAAUAUGAGUUGUUUUAACGCUUUGAGACAAUUGUCUUCAAAUGUGAGGAAAUGCGGUGUUUUGGCCAGAAGUGGAGGAAUGGUAGGAGUGAGGGAUUGGUGUCGCGGGAAACACACGUUACCGGAUCUGCCCUAUGAUUACAAUGCGUUGGAACCGGUCAUCAGCGCAGAGAUAAUGCAAUUGCAUCACCAGAAGCAUCACCAGACGUAUGUCAACAACUUGAAUGUGGCUCAAGAGAAACUGCACGCAGCCAUCAAUAGCAAGGACGUGUCGGCGCAGAUAGCGUUGGAGCCAGUGUUGCGGUUCAACGGCGGCGGACACAUCAAUCACUCCAUCUUCUGGCAAAACCUGUCGCCCAAAGGCGGCGGAGAACCGGAGGGCGAUCUUCUCGUGGAGAUUAAGGGCUCUUUCACCACAUUUGAGAAGAUGAAGAGCGAGAUGAGUGUUGUGGCGGCGGGAGUGCAGGGGUCGGGCUGGGCGUGGCUCGGCUACUGUCCCAAGACUCAGAAACUGCGGAUCGCCUCCUGUGUUAAUCAGGACCCGUUGUUCGCCACUACAGGACUGGUGCCACUGUUGGGCAUAGAUGUGUGGGAACACGCAUACUAUCUUCAGUACAAGAAUGUGAGACCCGAUUACGUGAAGGCCAUCUGGAAUGUCGUCCACUGGAAGGACGUCGAGGAGAGGCUUCGGGUGGCAAAAGCUCUUUAAAUCAUUAUUAAUGCAUACAAUGCUCUCUAUUUGCCAAUUAUUCUCAUUACUAAUUAUUUUGUUUCAAAUCCAGUAAUUAGUAUAAUAUCUGAUUUUGCC